AUGGGCGUAGUACUGUCCAGAGUGAAUAACAGUUGUAGAACUGCCUCCAGAGAGCCUGUCAACACAUCCCAAACUGUGAGCAGCAUCUGUGACAGGGAGGUCAAUAGUACAGACAGUGACCAUUCCUCCAUAAUACCUAUUGGGAACAAAGAAACAGCUUGUGUAGAGCGAGGCUACAUCACCCCACAGCAAGUAUACAACCUGCUGAACGCAGAGGAAGGCCAGCCCGCCUUGUAUGAUCCUUAUUAUAUUCUCAUCCUGGACUGUCGCAGUGCAGAGAGGUACAAGGAAAGUCACGUGGUGACAGCACGGGCCGCUGUGACGGUGAUCCACCCUGAGCUGGGCUGUCUGAUCAGCUGUAUAGAGCUGCAGAAGUAUUCUAUAAUACUGCUGUAUGCAGAGGAAGGAUGCAGCCCAGUGGGCAGUGUGAAGGCCAGGACAGACUCCCCAGACCUACAUCGCUGUUUCUUCCAGCUCAGUGCUUUGGGAAUGGACCCUGUCAUCCUGCUGGGGGGAUAUUCAGCCUUCAAUGCCCUCUACCCUUUCCUCUGCACGCCCCGCAUGGUCCUGCUGGAACCUGAGCGGCACACCCUCAUCAUCUACCCCUCAGAGAUCCUGGAAGGAGCUCUCUACCAGGGCUCGGUCUCCCACGCCUCUGACUACCGCAUAAUCAAGAACCUACACAUCACACAUGUGGUCAAUGCCACUGCCAACUGUCCUGAUGCCUUCCCCAACACGCUGUGCUACUUGAGGCUGCGUCUGAGCGAUGAUUCCCAGCAGGACCUGGUGGAGGCACUGCCCCUGGCAUCCAGGUUCAUCAAUGCUGCGCUGAAGGCUGAGCCUGCCGGACGCGUUCUGGUCCACUGUAGUCUGGGCAGGAGUCGCAGCUCAGCACUAACGCUGGCCUUCCUCAUGCAGCAUCGACGCUGGUCACUGCUCCAUGCCCUGCGCUGGCUGAAGGAGAGAAGGGCAUGCACGGCACCCAACGUGAACUUCCUGCGUCAGCUGCUGACCUAUGAGGAGCAGCUGUUUGGGAGCAGACUUACCUCCCUGGACGACAUCCGCCGAUGACUGGAGUAAGAAUGGGAAUGGAAAGGAAGACACACGGGAUGUUUUUUUUUUCUACAGUUCACAUUGAGAUUAAGUGUAUAAUAUUU